CGCCAAGUUUGAAAUUUACUUAACAAUCCUACUAUUAAUAACACUAUUAUGACAAUUUCUUUAAUUAAAUUUAAAUUAAUCGUGUCAUAUACACACGUUAGGUGUACGCGCAUGCGCUCUUUUAUGAGGUGAUUUCAUCAAGGUCCAUAAUUAAAAAAAAGUUUCAGUGAUUGUAAAUCUGUUCAAUUGAGACGUUUUGGGGCUGUUCCACGUGUGCCAACACCAUGUCGAAGCUUCCGAAACGCACGAGAGACAAAAGACAGCUUGAGGGGCACCAGAGGUACAUUUCGCGCAUCACCAAGACGCUCUAUUACGGGAAGUUCCCCAAAACGGACGAAUUGAGUCUACCAGUAACAGAAUUGGCCGCUGAGUUGUUCUCCGAGGCCCAGAGAGGCCGCUCCUUGGACCGGUUACACUGCGACGACGCUGCGAAUAUUUCACGAAAUGCCUGCGUGUCCCCCUGCUCCCUCGUAAUCGCGAUUUUGUACCUAGAACGCCUGAAAAAGACAUGCCCCGAGUACCUCGACCGGACAGCCUCCUCGGACUUGUUCCUCGUGUCUCUGAUGGUCUCGUGCAAGUUUCUCUACGACGAUGGGGAGGCCGACGAGGUUUUCAUGAACGAAUGGGCCGUUUGUGGGGGCCUUAGUGUCAAACAAUUGGUUCAGCUUGAAAAGGAGUUCCUUAGGGCUAUCGACUGGGAAGUGUUCGUUACCGAGCUGACAUUCUGGAAGAAAUUGGCCGAGAUUGAGGGGGCUUUGGCCCGUAAGCAGGGCGGUAAGCGCGGCUUUUACACCUACACUGAACUGGAGACACUUUUAACAAGUGUCGAAUUGCGAAAUCUUAUCAAAAAUAUUUUAACCGUUUCUGUGAUCUUAAUUGGGGCUUACACUGCAGCUUUAUUGACUUUAUUGGGGUCUGUCUUGAUUGUUAGCCACAUACCGGGGGCUUGUCUCCACCCGAAAAUCGAACCAGCACGUCCAGGACUCCUCUACAACGAAACCAACCGUGUGAGCCCCCUCCAUGUGGGGAUUUUCCUCGCGUCAAUUGAGAGUUUCCUAACACCGUUUUGUGAGCCCCAGAAUGUCUCAUGGGAUUGGUGGAAUGCCCCCACUAUGACUUGGUUGUAUGAAACGUCAAAAUUUGUCGAAGUUGAGGCCCCAAAAAUGGGGUUUGUGCGAUACUACAAGGAUUAUUUUUUGAAUUUGGAUGACCCCAAGGAGGCAAAAGUCAGGAUUCAGGACCAAAUGGAGAGGUCCUGGCACGAGGAGUGGACGGAUACGAUAAAUGAAGGGUUUUAUAACAGGUAUCUGCAUUACCUACAAAAUCUCAAAGCCUGAUUGGUCAAUAUAAAACAUUUGAAACGA